AUGUCUUUGGUUCCGUUGAGAGAUGAUCUGGUUCCUUUCUUGAAAUCAUACCUUCCUUCGAAUGAGGAACAAAGACCAGGUCUAAAACCAUUUGUUACUUUAACAUAUGCACAAUCGAUGGACUCGCGAAUAUCAAAGGGUAAGGGAGUUCGAACAGUGAUUUCACACUUGGAAACUAAAACCAUGACCCAUUACUUGCGUUUCCAUCACGAUGGAAUUCUUAUUGGCGUUGGCACAGCACUGGCCGAUGAUCCUGGGCUGAACUGCAAAUGGAGCCCAGUAGACAAGAUCGCUGACAUGCAGUGUUCUCCACGGCCAAUUAUCUUAGAUCCACAAUGCAAAUGGCGGUACGAAGGAUCCAAAUUGCAAGAAUUGGCCGCUCAGAAUCUAGGGAAACCACCAGUUGUUGUCGUAAACAAGUUACCGGCAUGGACUACUAAAGCGAAAGCAGUUACGUACGUAGAGGCACCAGUUGGUCCAGAUGGAAAAUUCGAUUGGCUUCCUUUGUUUCUGCUGCUCAAAAGACAAUUUCAACUCAAUUCGAUAAUGGUAGAGGGUGGAGCUGUGGUCAUAAACGAGCUGCUUUCCAGACCAGACAUUGUGGACAGUAUAAUUGUCACCAUAGGAGCAAAGUAUCUAGGGAUACAAGGAGUGGAAGUGAGUCCACCAGCGGGUGAAAUAGAGAUGGAUGAUGUAGCUUGGUGGAAGGGCUCCAAAGACGCAGUCGUUGCUGCCAGGUUACACAGGACAUAG